GCUCAGGCCGCGCCGCGAGGCCACGUCGCCCUCUCCUCACUCCCCGCGGUCUCGCCCGCAGCCGCCACGCGGAUCAUGGAGAGGGAGUUGCCGCCAGUUGGCGAGGGGGACCCGGUGGCGGUGCGGCUGACCGUGCAGAGGGGCCCGGAAUUCGUCGAGCUCUCCGCGCGCAGCUACGUGUGCUCAGUGGGCAUGGACACCGCCCUUGCACUGCUCGCGGACGCGCUCACCGCGGAGCUGCAGAGGUCAGGCGUCCGCUGCAGCGGCGUCAUGAUGCGCGCCGGCAACCAGACGCUCGACGCCAGCCAGAAGCUGAGGGACGGCUGCACAGUGCCGACCGCGAGGAGGAGGCAGCGAGGCUGCAGGCUGGAGAUCGCGUUCAGCGUCAAGAGGCACUGCCAGCGAGCAGACGGAGUCCCUUCCCCGCGCAUCUCCCUGUCAGCCGAGGAGGUCUCAUGGGGGCUGCUGCCAACUCGCUUCACCCUCGGCGAUGAGCUGGGCCGGGGGUCCUAUGGCCAGGUGCGGGCGGCAUGGGACGCCAUCUCUGGCGAUGUCGUGGCAGUCAAGUGCGCCAAAUGCAGGUUCGACAACUUGGUGAUCGCCAAGAGGUUGCUGCGCGAGGUGCAGCUUCUUCGCCAGGUUGACAGCGCUCACCUGGUGAAGCUGCGAGACGUAUGCCUGGCCGAUGGCGAGACGCCCUCGUCCUUCAACCAGCUGUUCCUGGUCUUCGACAAGUGCGAGGGAGACCUGCAGGAGAUGAUCUCGCGAGGCCCGGCCCUGGAGGAGACCCGCGUCGCCCAGCUCCUGCAGGGAGUGCUGGGCGGCGUCGCCUGCCUGCACGACCUCUCCAUACUGCACAGGGACCUCAGGACCGCCCGCCAACUGUUUGCUCAGCAGGGACGGCAAGGUUCUGCUGUGCGACCUGGGCCUGUCGAAACACGUACCAGGCUCCACAGCAGCGGCCCCGCCGCCCCCGGCGGAUUUUGCCCGGCAGGUCUCGGGCCCUCUGGUCUCCAGGUGGUACAGGCCCCCAGAGCUGUUACUCUCGGCGCAGUAUGGCGAGCCCGUGGACCUGUGGGCCGCCGGCUGCAUCUUCGGCGAGCUGCUCCAGCUCGUGCCCUCCGGCGGUGGCUCGCGGCCCCUCUUCCCCGGGAAGGCAGCGCGCAGUCCCCUGAGAGCUCGAGCCUGGACCCCAGCGGGGACAUGCUGGCGGUCAUCUGGCGCGUCCUCGGCCCGCGUGGCGAACUCGGCGAGCUCGCCGCACAGCACGCCCGCGCCAUCGCCGACGCUGAGGCCGCCUCCGCCGCGUCGCCUGGCGUCCCGCUGAGGGAGCUGCUGCCCCUGGCUUCCGACAGCGCGAUGAAGAAACCGCUGCAUGAACAGCGACGUCCGGAGGUCCGGGCGCGGACUUUUCCUGGCUCGCGGAGCGCGCCAGGGCCGGCGCCAGAGGCGCCGUCAGCGGGGCACACCGCCGAUCUGAGAACAUUUCUGUGCAGACCUCUGGAAGUCAAUGGUAUGCCGUGUUUCUUCUUCGGACAGCGCCUUCAGACUGCUGCGCGAGCUGCUGGCCUUCGAGCAGGCGGCCAGGCCCUCGGCGCGGCGCGCGCUCGAGCACGGGUUCCUGGCGGGGUUGCCGCCGCUGCCCCUGAGCUCGGGGCCGCGGCCGCGGAACUCCGAGGCGCCGAUCGGACGCCUCGAGGCGGCGGACCAGGAACUGCUGGACCCCUCGAGGCGCACCGAGCUCCUGCGCGAGCUGCGCGAGCGCUUCCUGGAGGAGCUCGCCGCGUGCCGAGGCCCCGCGUGAGCGGCGGGCCGAGAGGUCAGCCAUGCCUCGAGUGGCCUGCGCGCCGGGCCCGUGGCCGUCGCUAUGUCAGCAUGCGCGGGCGGCCGGCCAGCCCUGCCCGUGGCUUUGCAUCGGCUGGACGUAGCAGUGCGACCUCCGUCGGCGGGCACGGGUGCGGCCCCCCGAUCGCUGUCGCCGCGACCUGCGCGCCUGGGUCUGGCCACCCCGCGUCCUCUUUGAGCCGCGCGCCAGAUGCCCGUCUUGCCUGGGGACACUCUUGCGCGUAGCCGAUGCCUCUGCUGGCUCAAGAUAGCCUCCGACACGCCAACAUCCUUCAACAACCUGAUGAAAAUCAAUGUGUUUUGGCCUUCUCGCUUUUUCGCCUCCCCUCGAGGGGCAUAGGAGAUCUCCUAUGCCCCGGGGCCCCUCCUCGGCGUGCGCCCGUGUACAGCCUGGGCGCCAGGGGAGCGGCUGCGCGCAGGGGGCGCGUGCCAGCUGCUGUCCGGCUGGUCGCCGAUCCGACGCGGGGUCCCCUGUGUUUUCGGCCUGCGCUCGUGCGAGGCCCCUCCUCGCCGCUGCCGGCGAGCCACGACCUGUAAGGGGGG